AUGAAGCGGAAGCUUGAUGCCAACAAUGUCCCUUCCCCGGAAGAUAGUGCGGGAAAAAGUAGCACCUCCCACAGUUUCGAGACCUUGAAACUGGAUCCCAGGCUUCUCCAAGCCCUCACGCAACAGAAAUUCACAAAGCCAACGCUGAUUCAAGCGGAAGCUAUCCCGCUGGCUUUAGAUGGAAAGGAUGUAUUAGCCCGUGCAAAGACCGGAUCUGGAAAAACAGCCGCAUACCUUCUGCCCGUCCUUCAGUCAAUUCUGCAACAAAAGAUGAAUAAUCCUGCGCACAAGUCGAUUUCAGCUUUGAUUCUAGUUCCGACGAGGGAAUUGGCAGAACAAGUACACAGGACAGCGAUUUCAUUCUCCGCAUUUUCUGGCAAAGAUAUACGCUCCGCAAAUCUCACCCAGAAGGUUUCCGAUGCCGUUCAACGCGCGCUUCUUGCCGAUCUCCCCGAUAUCGUCGUAUCGACGCCCGCUCGGGCUGUAGCGAAUGUCAACAGUUCUGCGCUGUCCCUCGAGCGUCUAACACAUCUAGUCAUUGAUGAAGCCGAUCUUGUCCUCUCGUACGGCUACGAGGAAGACAUGCAGAACCUUGCCAAAGCUGUUCCACGGGGUGUUCAAACCUUUUUAAUGAGCGCAACUUUUACUUCGGAAGUAGAUACGCUAAAAGGCUUAUUCUGCCGGAACCCGGUUGUUUUAAAGCUGGAAGAGAAGGAGGAUGAAGGGGCUGGAAUAAGCCAGUUUGUUGUCAGAUGUGCGGAGGAUGAGAAGUUCCUCUUGACUUAUGUUAUAUUUAAAUUACAACUGGUCAAGGGGAAAUGUAUCAUAUUUGUCGGUGACGUGGACCGUUGCUACCGAUUGAAAUUAUUUCUUGAGCAGUUUGGCAUCAGAAGUUGUGUUCUUAAUUCGGAGCUGCCUGUAAAUUCACGUAUCCACGUGGUUCAAGAAUUCAACAAGGGCGUUUACGACAUUAUAAUAGCAGCCGAUGACCAGGAGGUUCUAGGUGAACUACGAAAAAAUUCUAAGAAACAACCGAGGAAAUCGGAUCAAAGCUCCAGGGACUCUGAAUAUGACGGCGCUCAGGCGUCAAAGAAUAACGACCAAUACUCUAGCGAAGACGAUGCCGAAACUCAGCCAAGCAAACGUCCCAAAAAGUCCGCAAAGGAAAAGGACUACGGGAUUUCCCGUGGUAUUGAUUUCCAAAACGUCGCCUGCGUUCUCAACUUCGACCUCCCUACCACCUCGAAAUCCUACACACAUCGCAUCGGCCGCACAGGCCGUGCGGGAAAGACUGGGAUGGCCCUCUCCUUUGUCAUCCCCUCGGAUCAAUUCGGCAAACAUAAACCAACCAGCAUCCCCUCCGCCAAGCACGACGAGGCAAUGCUGAGUAAAAUCAUCAAGCGACAGGGCAAGCUCGGUCGGGAGGUGAAGCCCUACCAUUUCGAUAUGAAGCAGGUCGACGCAUUCCGAUACCGUAUGUCGGAUGCGCUCCGUGCCGUUACCCGCGUUGCCGUCCAGGAAGCGCGCGCGCGAGAGAUUCGUCAGGAGCUUGUCAAGAGUGAGAAACUGAAGCGCCAUUUCGAGGAGAAUCCCGAAGAGUUGAGGCAGUUGCGGCAUGAUGGGGAGCUACGGGCUGCUCGUGUGCAGGCGCAUUUGAAACAUGUGCCAGAUUAUCUGAUGCCGACGAAGGGAAGGGGAGGUCUUAGCAGUGGCACAGGUGCUGAUGUUGGGUUUGUGGGGUUCAAGAAGACGCAUGAAAAUCGGAUUCGGAAGGCUAGGGAGAAAAACAGGGGAAGAGGCAGAGGGGGGAAGGCUGGUAGGGGUGGGAAGCGAGUUGAUCCGUUGAAGAGUUUUAAUUCUGGUGGCAAGCAUUGA